AUUUAUCCCUUAAUCUCAUCAAUUUCUUGGUAUCUAUUGCUUUCAUCUGUCUUUUAUCAUACACUUCACAAUGUACCCACAAAACCAAGACCCUUACGCCAAGAACUCAAACUCAUCAUCUACACCCGUAUUUCAGCCUGCUCCCGCAACUGGUAUUCCUGUGAGCCCUUCUCCCCAGUACUACAAUGAGAAUCCUCAGUUUCCGCUCCAUGAUCAUCACCUCCAUGGACAUCAUGAUGAAGCUUGGUCCUCAGGCCUCUUUGAUUGCUGCUCCGAUUGCAAAAUUUGCUGCUUAACAUUUUGGUGCCCCUGCAUCACCUUUGGACGGAUUGCUGAAAUCGUAGACAAAGGAACCACGGCUUGUGCAACGAGUGGGGCAAUUUUUGGGCUGCUUGCAUCGUUGACUGGGUGUGGUUGCAUUUAUUCCUAUCUCUACCGCUCUAAAAUAAGGCAGCAAUACAUGCUUCCGGAGAGCCCUUGUAACGAUUGCUUGGUGCAUUGCUGCUGCGAGGCUUGCGCCCUCUGUCAAGAAUACAAGGAACUUGAAAGUCGUGGAUUUGAUAUGUCCAUCGGUGACUUCUUCAAUCUUUCUUCCCUUUUUAUCAUUCAUACAUCAAAAUUAAACGACCCUUUCGAAAAAUAUGCCUUUUUUUUUUUAAUUUUUGAUGAAUAUAAGUUAUUGUUGAUGGACUUUUAUAUGGUGGGUGUUUGAUAGGUUGGCAGGGAAAUGUAGAGAGACAAAAUCGCGGAGUAGCAAUGGCAACUUCGACGGCACCAGUGUUUGAAGGAGCAAUGAGCCGAUAGAAUGGAUUAUUUACUAAAUUAUUUCUUUUAUUAAGCGUCGUGGGUUGUGACGAUCUUGUUACGAUUAUGAUCAUAUUCAAAAGUCUUUAUUUAUUUAUUAAUGUUUUUAAUAUCAUCAAAUUAUCAAUAGUCAAUUUGGUAGUUUACUUAAUAUUAGCAGGUUUGAUUUGACCAGUUUUAUAUAUCAAUGGCUCAUGGCAUAUUUCAAUAAUAAAGCCAAGAAAGAUCAAUGUUU